CACGUAGAGCCUUUGGCAUGCCUUCCCAUUGCCGGGUUCGGAGGCCACGCCCCCCGAGGCCGCUGGUGGGCGGGGCCCCGGCCCUUCUCGCAGGCAUUCCGAAAGGGGCCCGCGGCGGUGCGUGGAGCGCGAGGCUGAGCGGCUCGUCUUUCCCAGGUGAAGUGUUAAAGUAAGAGAAUAAUAGCUAAUAGCUAUGGGACUCACAAUGUCAUGGUGUCUUCUACUUCUUGGUGUUCUGCUGCCUGCUUCUUCUGCCUAUACAGAUUUCUUCACUUCAAUCGGACACAUGACUGACUUGAUUCAUACUGAAAAAGACCUGGUGACUUCACUGAAAGACUACAUCAAGGCAGAAGAGAGCAAGCUGGAACAGAUUAAGAAGUGGGCAGAGAAGUUGGAUAAGCUGACAGACACGGCAACAAAGGACCCCGAGGGAUUCUUGGGACAUCCUGUGAAUGCAUUCAAGUUAAUGAAGAGACUUAAUACAGAAUGGAGUGAACUGGAAAAUCUAGUGCUAAAGGAUAUGUCUGAUGGGUUUAUUUCCAACAUGACUAUUCAGCGCCAAUAUUUUCCGAAUGAUGAAGAUCAAACGGGUGCUGCCAAAGCUCUCUUACGGCUCCAGGAUACAUAUAAUUUAGAUACAGACACCCUCUCUAGGGGAAAUCUUCCAGGAGUGAAGCACAAGACUUUUCUGACAGCUGAAGAUUGCUUUGAGUUAGGAAAAAUUGCAUAUACUGAAGCAGAUUACUACCACACUGAGCUGUGGAUGGAGCAAGCUCUGAAACAACUUGAUGAUGGAGAGGUUUCGUCUUCUAUAGACAAAGUUUCUGUUCUAGACUACUUGAGUUACGCUGUUUACCAACAAGGGGAUCUAGACAAAGCAAUGAUCCUUACAAAGCGGCUACUUGAGCUGGACCCAGAGCAUCAGCGAGCAAAUGGCAAUUUGAAGUACUUUGAAUAUAUAAUGUCUAAGGAAAAAGAAAAAGAAGCAAACAAAUCUCUUUCUGAGACAGAUGAAAAGACUGGAAAAGAAAGCAAAAGUAAAAAGGGUCCGUCAAAAGACUAUCUGCCGGAGAGACAGAAAUAUGAAAUGUUGUGCCGUGGGGAAGGUCUCAAAAUGACUCCUAGAAGACAAAAGAAACUGUUUUGCCGUUAUUAUGACGGAAAUAGAAACCCCAAGUAUAUACUCAGACCUGUCAAACAAGAGGAUGAGUGGGACCGCCCUCGGAUUGUCCGCUUCGUGGAAAUAAUUUCUGAUGAAGAAAUAGAAACUGUCAAAGAGCUGGCAAAACCAAGGCUGAGGCGAGCCACCAUUUCAAACCCCAUAACGGGAGUCUUGGAGACUGCACAUUACAGAAUUAGCAAAAGUGCCUGGCUGUCUGGAUAUGAGAAUCCCAUAGUGGCACGCAUUAAUACAAGAAUACAGGAUCUAACAGGACUGGAUGUUUCCACGGCAGAAGAGCUCCAGGUAGCAAAUUAUGGAGUGGGAGGACAGUAUGAGCCCCACUAUGACUUUGCUCGGGCAAGUAAAGAGAUGUGUGGAGAAAAGUCUUCCAAAGCCUGGGCUUUUUUCAAAGCCUGCGGCACAAAUGUUUACUGUCUGUGAGAAAUUCAGACCUGUCAAGUCGUCUAAUCUUUUUGUAUGAAUCAAGUCUUCUAAACCACCAUCUGAAUAAUAAAAAGAACAACCAGAAAUGGCAUCAACAAAGUUAAAGAGGAGUGCUAUCAAAUGAAAGAAAAGAUUGAGAGGGGGCACUUUAUAGACACAGUUUUGGGAGAAAUUAUCUGGGACUUUUAAACUAAUAUUGAAAUUACCUUAUGUCAUGGCAUCAGUAAUAUCUGUAGGAAUAAGAGGCUAUUUUUUAUAUUUUUGAUCCAAAGUUGGUAAGGCAAUAUUCAAUUUAAAAAUGUUACACCUCAGUUUUAAGUUGCACAGAAAAAAAGAACUGAAUAAUCUUGAAAGUAUUUGAAAGCAUUGCUAUCUCAAAAAAAUCUGCUUACAUUUAAAUCUACUUUAUUCAAGGCUGCGGAUAAGACUGAUUCAGGUGGUGGUUUAUGGGGCUUGUGUGUGUUAAGUAAUUCUUUCAAUUAACAGUUUUUUUUUCUUUGAACCAGGUCAUCCAUUUAAUAGUUUAAAAUUCAUGCCAUAGCACAGCAUAAAAUCUUUCCUUCUUUAAAAAUAUGAGUUUCAAAUUAAUAAAGUGUGUUUAUAUGCAUGAUUUUCAUUUGUGAAAUAAUGCUUUUGCAGUUCUACCCUGUGCAUGUCUGCGAAAUAUCAUGCAUUAAGUCCCACCAUGUUUAAUUGGCAUUUCUCCCAAGCUGCCCACUUAAAAAGACCAUUGUAUGUCAAAAUAACAUUGCUCUGUUUAUUUACUGACAUUUGUAUGUGGCCUACUAACAAGGAUUCUUGUGACAGUUUGCAAUAACAAAGAAUGAAUGCAUAAGAUAAAACUAUAAAAUCUAAAUACUGCAAGAAUUUAAAACAUCUGAAACACCCAAUAUCUUAAAACUUUCAAAAUAUCAUAUGAUCUGUACAGCAAAAAAUUAAAACUUUAAGUGGUCUUAAGAUUUGGAUAGAUAUACUUGGAAGGAGGCAAUCCUUUAGGAAACCUGGUGUUAAGCCAUUGAGAGUUUUAAACAUUCAAAUCAACACUUUGAAUUGGCCUUGGAAAUGGGCUGCAAGACAAUACUCUAUUUCAGUGGUUCUCAACCUGUGGGUCCCCAGAUGUUUUGGCAUUCAACUCCCAAGAAUCCUAACAGCUGGUAAACUGGCUAGGGUUUCUGGGAGUUGUAGGCUAAAAAACCUGGGGACGCACAGGUUGAGAACUACUACUCUAUUUAGUAGCAUUACAUAGAAAGAAGCUCUAGAGACCUACAAAGAAUCAGAGUUUUGCACAGAAUCAGUUUCUCUCGUUUCCUUCGUCUCUUUCGGUACUUCAGGAGUAUGCAAUGGUAACCCCCCUCCCUGUAUGAAAAUCAGCUCGCCACAAAAGCAAGCGGGAGCUGAUCCCAGCUCCAAGCUUGCUUUUUGGCAUCACAGUUUAAUCUUUUUUUAUUAAUCCCCAGCAAACAAAAAGUAAACCUUCCUCCUCUGAAAGCUACUCUCCUCUUCCAGAUCAUUGCUCUUCCUUACCUGGAAGUGGGAAACCUUCUUAGAAUGUCUUGGAAUGGAAAGAGUGGCUGGCUAGCUGGCUGGCUGGCUGGGAGAGCAAGUGUAAGCGCCUGCCAGUGGCUGCAGCCGAGCAUCUCCUCUAGAGUAAGAAUUUCUUACUCUAGAGGUGUUUGUCAGCUGUAGGCACUUGCAGGCACAUGCUUUCUGGGCCUGUACGUCACACAAGCUUUCUCUUUCACUUUCCAAGGAAAGUGUGUGUGUGUGGUGUGCAGGUCCAGAAAGUGUGCGCGCCUGCCAGUACCUGCAGCCGAGCGCCUCCUCUAGAGUAGAAAGAAACAGCAGGUAAGAAGAAGCCUCCUUAAAGCGUGUGGGACGGGGAACCUGGGAAGCCCUCCCCCCAUAAUGGGCUGAUAGAAAAUGGAUCUUUUGGCACUCCAGAUCAAAAAUAGAUAUCUGCCCUCCUGAUUUCAGGAGGCUCCCAAUAAACAGAUUGGGGCCCUCACCAAAACUGGAGACAUAAAACGAAUCAAGGUUUACCCCUAAUCCACAACCCUACAAAGAAUAUUGUGGGUAGUAUCCGCCGAGGUUUGAUUAUAAGAGCCUUCAUGAAUACCAAAAUCUACGGAUGCUCGACUUCCAGCAUAUAUAAUAACAUAGUAAAAUGGUAUUCCUUAUAUAAAUGGCAACCCAAUGUUUGUUUGUUUUUUUGUAUUUUUAGGAAUAUUUUCAGGUGUGAAUUUGUGGAUACAGAACCUAUGGAUAGGAAAGUCCGAUUGUACAUGUGAAAGUACUUAGAGUUUAAUAGCAUGGACAUGGCCCUGUACUUUUAAGGAUGGAGACAAUCUUGUUUUCAUUGGCAUAGAUGGUUCAAACUGCCAAGUAUAUUUUAAACCUUUGGUUGACCUAAAUUGUAGUUGUUCAGGAUACACUUUCUUCUUUCCAGAUUUUCUUUGAAUAAUUUUUAGACUUUGGAGAGGGUUUCUCAAGAAAAGUCUUGAGCAUUGGCAGCUUACUAUUUUUAAUUCUUUGUUUUGUAAUACUUCUAUUUAUUAAUUUGUAAAGUAAGUAUAACAUCAAGAAAAAUUGGGUGGGUUUGAAAGAGAGCCAUACAAACAAGGAAGACAUGAAACAUAUAUCUCCUUUCCUUCCUUUUGACUGGAAAAGUAAACACACUGUUAAGGGAGAUAAGAAAAAAAAAUAAAAGAGGAGAGGAAAUAUAUAUCAUAUACAGUGUUCCCUUACUACUUCGUGGUUCACUUUUUGCGGAUUCACUGUUUUGCAGUUUUUUAAUAAGCUCUAAAAUACUAUGAUAAAUCAUAAAAAAUUACAAUUUACAGCUUAAGGAAGGGAGGAAGGAGACGCCGAAGGGAGAGAAAAGGAGCCCAAGCAGCAACGGGAGGAGAAGGAGGCGAUUUAUCAACACACGAUUGGUUGAUAAAGACUUCAAAUAGUGUAUAACUACUAAAAUAAUGUAUAAAUAUUAAAAUAAAUAUAGUGUUCCUACUUCCUGGAACCUAACCCCAGUGAUAAGUGAGGAAACACUGUAUUGCAAGCAAUGGCCUCCAGGCUCUCCUGUCUGGCUUGACCUCAUUAUAAGCCUAGGGAGGCUUUUUCAGGUCAAAAAAUGGGCUGAAGAACUUGGCUUAUCUUUGAGUAUAUACGGUAAUCCAAAAAUCAAACCUUGAUUUUGCCGUUUUAUGUAAGAGACACAAUUUUACUAUGUCAUUGUAUGUAAUGGGACUCAAGCGUCCACCAAUUUUAGUAUCUAUAGGGGAUCCUGGAACCAAACCCCAGGGAGUAUAAGGACUCACUGUAUCCGGGUAACAGUUGGCAGCUUGAAUCAAAGUAAUCAAGUUAAUUGAAAGAAGUCAAAAAUGUUAAGAGAACUAAAAAUAAGUGUGCAUGCACAACCAGUUUUGAUGACAAGAUCAAAUCUGGGAAAAUAUUACAGAAAUGGGGCAAAAACAUCAAGUGAUCAGAAUAGAUCUUUGAUCUCAUGUCCUUCGUUCCUGCAGAUUAUCUCCUUGGAAAGUAUGAGGAUUUUGCAGCUGUAGCGCAUUCUAAUGGGUAACACAUGAAUACAUGUAAUACCCCAUUGAAAUUUAUCCCCUGUAAGUUUGGGCCGUCCACAGGAUCACAAAAACAUGUCUUGUAUAUUAAGCAAUUUGUAAAAGAUUUGUGUAAUUUCAGGAACAGUGCUCAAUUUGUUUCAGAUUAUUUCUACUAAUUCCCUGUCCAUACAAUUGAAAAAAUUGCUCACAAAUGUCCUAAUGCCAGGGCUCUUGUGCCAGUGUUGUUUUGCUUAUACAAUAAAGCCAUGUUUGUUUGUUUU